GCAAAUUUACAAGAGAGAUGAUGCAGGACCCAAGGAGAAACAGCAGUCUCUUCCAAACUCAGGGAAUCAAUGUGGGGCACUAGACCAAGAGGUAGCUCUACAAACAUUUUCCUCAAGGGCUCCAGAGUUACUGGGAGAUAUUUUCUUGCUCCCCACAACUUGGCUUCUACAGUUGACCACCAUCCCCUCGGUAGGAAGAAAAUUCAAUAAGCAACAGGUGAUGAGCAUGAAGCCAGAACGUUCCAUCUCUAACUGGAUACAUAGUAAUGUGGAACCGGCUGGAAGAAAUCUCUUCCAGGUCAACGGUCACCGCUCUGCUCUAUUACCGGAACUACCUCAGGAUUACCACAGAGCUUCAAGGUCAGUCAACGGAUGUGAGACUAAAAUGGACAGCACCCAAGGUACCAAGGUUUUGCCGGCUGAAGAGUCAAGAAAUGAGGAAGAUGGAGGACAGGUGGAGUCGGCAUUGGGAGCCACAGCCGCAAGGGGUAGAGGAAAAGAAGCAUUAAAUGGAGAGAGUCCCGCCGCCGCUGGCACUGCAGGCCUUGUAGAGGAAGAUAGGAACAAGGAAGAUGGUGGCACCAAGGGAGGUGAGAAGAAUGAGCAGGAAGUGAGGGAGCAGAUUCCUGAGCAUGUUGAAGGAGAGAGUGACCAGGCUGAAGCGCCAAGGCAGGUACCACGACGUCGAUUGCACCAUAGAUUCACCCAGUGGCAGCUGGACGAACUGGAGAGAAUUUUCCGGAUGAAUUAUUUUCUCAGUCUAGAAGCAAGAAAACAACUGGCCCGAUGGAUGGGUGUGAAUGAAGCCAUAGUGAAGAGAUGGUUUCAGAAGAGGAGAGAACAAUACAGGUGGUAUAAGAGGCUAUAAGGUCUCAGAAGUUCUCCUCCUGCUUCUCAGAACAUCUUUCCUGAAGACUGUGGAAGAACCCUGAAGUGCCACUAUCGCCUAGGCAACAUAGAGAGAGGAAUUGUUUUCUUCUCCUAACGUUAUGUUAUUAAACUCUUAUAUCUGAAGCGAUUAUAUUUCAAUAACAAUAUGAAUUUUCAAUAUAA